GCGUAGUUAUAACAUAUAACAUUUGUCACGUGCGUUUUAUUAUUCUUUUUUUACUAUUAUUUUACGUAUCACGUACUAUACCACUACACACAGUGUACCAGAAGUCGCCGAUUGUCUGACAGGUUGGAUUUUUGAACGCGCGGUAUUUUCCAGAAGUUACACCGCACGGAUCACGAUGAACGUCUUUUGGACGUUUUCCGCAGUGCUCCUGCUCCAAGCAACAAUGAUCCAUUGUCAAGGAUACAGCUCAGAACAAGCGUCGCAAUGCCCGGAAAAACACGGUGAACAGACGUACCCGCACCCCGACUACUGCGACCAGUUCUAUCUGUGCACCAAUGGAACGUUGACACUGGAACAAUGCGGAAACGGUUUGCUAUACGACGGAAAAGGAGCCGCUUAUCACCACUGCAACUAUCACUGGGCCGUCGACUGCGGAAGCCGCAAAGCCGAACUUGUGGCGAUCAGUUCCCCGGGAUGCGAAUACCAGUUUGGUUUGUAUUCAGACGGCUCUGCUUGCAGCACCAACUACGUGAAAUGUGAACACGGCUCCGCAUACGUUCUGCCCUGCGAACCAGGUUUGGCUUACGACGACAGGAUCAAGAAGUGCAAUUGGCCGGAUGAGCUGGUUGAGGUCGGAUGUAAUCCUGCAGAUGUAAUUGGAUUCAACUGCCCGGACAAGAUUGACCCUCACUCGGUCUCGGCCAAAUUCGAACCGUACCCAAGAUUCGCUCUGCCCGGAGACCCGCACAGGCUUAUCACGUGCGUGAACGGCCAUCCCAGGUUAAUUAGCUGCGGCGAAGAUAGUGUGGUCGACGAAUCGUCGCUGACGUGCGUCGAAAAAGAAUCUCAUUACAGAAAAAGAAAGUAGAUCACAUCGUUAAUUCAUCCGUGCCAUGUUCAGCAUACAAUUUUACGAAUCAUGAAUUGUACAAAUUAUUUGUACGUCAUACCGUCAUAGAAACUAUACGUAAACACCGUUGAUACGUCAAUUUAUAAAAUAUAAUAUUUAGUUUGGAUUUGUUAUACCAUAAAUUAAUAGUAUGAAAAAAAA